GCGCCGGCGCGGGGCCGCUCGGAGCCGGAGUGCCGCUCGCGUCCCCCGGAGCGAAGGCGCGCCAUGCUGCGGUUCCUGCGCAGGACCUUCGGCCGGCGGUCGAUGCAGCGCUACGGGCGAGCGGCCGGCGAAGGAGACGAGCGCGACGGGGCGCCCCGGGCGGCCUCGGCCGGAGCCCCGCUGGCCGCGCCCGGAGCCCCGGCGCCUCCGCACAUCCAGGCGGCCGCGACGGGCGGCCGAGCGGCGCUGCAGUGCCGGGUGCAGCUGCUCGACGGCACCGAGGUCAGCGUGGAGCUCCCGAAACACGCAAAAGGGCAGGAUUUAUUUGACCAGAUUGUGUACCAUUUGGAUCUUGUGGAAACGGAUUACUUUGGCCUUCAGUUCAUGGAUACAUCCCAGAUUUUGCACUGGCUAGACCAUUCAAAACCCAUUAAGAAGCAAAUCAAAAUUGGGCCACCAUAUACGUUGCACUUUCGAAUCAAAUACUAUUCAUCGGAGCCAAACAACCUCCAUGAGGAAUUCACAAGGUACCUGUUUGUAUUACAGCUGCGGCAAGAUGUUCUUUCGGGAAAAUUGAAAUGCCCUUAUGAAACAGCUGUAGAACUCGCUGCUUUGUGUCUCCAAGCUGAGCUUGGCGAAUGUGAGCUCCCUGAACACACUCCAGAACUUGUUUCAGAAUUCCUAUUUACUCCUAAUCAAACUGAAGCAAUGGAAUUUGAAAUCUUUCAGAAGUGGAAAGAAUUCAGGGGAAAGAGCCCUGCACAGGCAGAAAUGUGCUACUUGAACAAAGCCAAAUGGCUAGAAAUGUAUGGGGUGGAUAUGCAUGUAGUGAAGGGAAGGGAUGGUUGUGACUAUGCUCUUGGGUUGACACCAACAGGGAUCUUGAUCUUUGAAGGGGCAAACAAAAUAGGUUUGUUUUUUUGGCCUAAAAUCACAAAAAUGGACUUCAAAAAGAGCAAGCUGACCCUUGUGGUGGUCGAAGAUGAUGAUCAGGGUAGAGAGCAAGAGCACACAUUUGUUUUCAGAUUAGACAAUGCUAAAACCUGCAAGCAUCUCUGGAAAUGUGCAGUGGAGCAUCAUGCCUUCUUUCGGUUGCGCACACCUGCAAACAGUAAAUCUAGCCGGUCAGAUUUUAUCAGGCUGGGAUCCCGCUUUCGAUUCAGCGGUCGAACAGAAUACCAGGCAACACGUGGAUCCAGACUACGCAGAGCCAGUACCUUUGAAAGGAGGCCCAGCAAGCGAUACCCAUCCCGAAGGCAUUCAACUUUCAAAGCAAGCAACACUCACAAAGCACCCCAGAUUUGCACUAAAAAUAACCAAGAAGUCCAUAACUAUCAGCCUCCGUAUCACCCAAAUAUGCACCCUGGCCAAUCACACUGGCACCCACAUCCUCCUGUAAAUCUAAGGCCACCCUAUCAGGAUGACAGGCUCUGUUGGAAACAAUCCCCAAAUGGCGAGGACAGCAAUUUGUGGUACAUUCAGGACCAGAACCAGAAGAACUUAGUUGGGAUCCAGAGCCUGUUGUAUCAGGAUAAGCUCAUGACAACCCUUUGAGAAAGAACCAUCUCUCACCGCUUCAUGCAUCAUCUCACAUACUCAUUGCAUUCCAAAUAAGUUUUUAAAAUUGUGUCAUAAUCCAUAGAACAGAAGGUGUAGCAGACAAAGACUUGCAGGCUGUAGUUCUAUUACUUUGGAAAAAAGCUAAGAAAUAUGCCCAAAAUUCUGGAAUGUUGCAGGUAGUUUAUAAAACUGUUGUUAUUUUUUGACUACUGUAGCCUUUUAAUUUUUGUUUUGUUUCAUUUACACACAGUUGCAGCUGUUCUGUGGUUUCAUUUAUGAAUAAAAUCCAGCAAUGAUAGUCUUUCGCUUUUUUUCUUUUGAGUUAUAAUGAAAUCAGGAGUCAAUAUAAUUGUAGUUAUUAAAUAUGACUUAAUGGCCAGUGAUAAAGGGAUCCAGAUGACUAAUAAUGAAAUGCUUUUAAAAAUUCUGUUUAUCCCUGAAACAAAUAGGUUUUUGCACCAUGUUAACAAUUAUACAAAAAUCACUAGAGUUUAUAUAUAUAUAUAUUUAUAUAGCGCAUCUGACUCUUUGGAUUUUAUUGAUCAGCUUAUAAAGUAAUGAACGGGUGUUAAGAUGGUGCCUUAAUAACUGGUGGUACUGUCUUUCAGUAGACCUGUGUUUUUAGAUGAAAGAAAAACCACCUUAGCCUGGUGAUGCUUCUGGUGCUACUUCUUCUCUGUCCCAAAUUUGUUUGGCCAACAUGUUCAGGAAUCCCUGGCUCACACAUUCCAUUCCAGCCACAGUUCCUGUCUGUAGUCAUUAAUUUUUGCAUUGGGUUGUGUGAGGAGCAGAGAGAGGGUUUAUAUGAGCACCUUAGACCCAAUCCUGAGCUCAUCAUGCAAGGACAUUAGCUGUCUGAAUGCAUCCCAAGAUUUUGGUUCUAAAAGAUAGUUUAGACCUAUGUAUUUUGACAUGAGAUAUGGAUAAACAAGUUCAGCUUCUACAGGUGGAUAUACAUUCUUUAUCUACACACUCAGGUUCCUUAAACAAGACAGGCUAAACUUGUGAUAGUUUUGGUUUUCUUGAAUAUGGAGAUAACAGUGCCAGCUUUGGUUCACGUGUUGAUUUGGCCUUCAAGCUGUGAUCUUUUGAAAUUGAUUGAAAUAAGGAAUAUCUUGCUAUUUGGGGGAUAUUUUAAAGUGCUAGUGUUGUUCAUAUGAUUUUACAGAAUCUAACUUUAUAAAUGAGGGUAAGUCUACUUCUCCUUCAGAGCAAAUACAUGAUAGUUUAAUUUUUUUAAUUUAAAGUAUGUUUACAAAUGCUAUUACAUUUGUUUUGAUCUUUGUAUGUGCUGAGUACAAAAAAAUAAAUAUGAAUAUUUUCUGUU